GCAGCAGCAGCGGGAAGAGGGGUCGCAUCAUGUCGUCCUCUCACGACACGUUGCUGAGUGUCUCUCCGCCGCUUCUCCCUGGGGAUUAAUAAAGUCCUCUGGCGGGGGGCGGAGGCGCGGAGGGCCGUACAGCUGCUGAACGACGCCCUCUGGUGGCUAGAAAUGUACACAGUGAGAUAGGCCCAUGCAUGUAUAAACGCUGUCUGUAACGAUGAAAAGGAGGACUUGAGGCGGCAAGUUGAGAGACUCCAGGGUCAGAUCACUAAUUUGACCAAUCAGCUUCACCAGGCACAGAACGAGUGUCAGAGAGAACGUACGGAGAGAUGCAAGCUGGAGAGACUGCAGAUGCAGCAUCACAAACAGGUGGGACCGCAGGGCCUUGAAGGCUGGCCGGUACACUUCCCUCCCCGGAUGCCCAAUGCAGCAGGCGCCAACGCCGCAGCCACAGCCGCAGCACCACCCCCCGUACGAGACUUCCAGCCCGUUACCCCGGGUUUUCCUUGGCAAUUGUCAUUCCCACAGUCCAGAGGGGCCAGAGCAGUAGGAGAAAGUUCAAGACCACCACCAGAAAAUGCAGUAGAUCAGUCCGCAGCAGCAGCAGCAGCAGCAGCAGCUUCAGCAGCCGCAGCAGCGUCGGCAGCAGCGACAGCAGCAGGAUUUGGAAAAAGGGAGCGACAGAACAUUGACCCUGGAAAGCACUAAAGCAUCACCGUACCCACCAAACGGAGUCUGGGUAGUACUGUAGCAUGAAAUCAGUUUGUUUUUGAGUUGACAAGGUGUGAUUUGAUCUAUAAUUGUCCUACUGAACUGUAGAUAUCCUAUUGUAAUGUUGUUUAUACUUGCGUUUUAUAAGGCUAUUUGUGAAACACUUCGCUAUUCUGAAUAUAUACAUGAAAUAUUAUUUAGACUUUUUUUUGUUUUUAUCAGGAACUGAAGUCAUUUGUUAAAUAGGUUUGAAUAAUUAGCAUUCUUUUUUUUCUCCAGAAAAUAUACCUAUGUGCUUGUAUCACUGCAAAGAUGUAACAACUGGACACUUAGUUUGUUACUUGUAGGGUUACAGGAAGCCAUUCCCCAAUAUGACUAAGACAACAUAUACUCAUUCCAACAAUGAAUGAUUAUAUACGUACAUCAAAUCAUAGAGUUUACAAUGUGAAUGUUGAUUGAUUUAUGAAGAUUUCUUCAAUACCAUUGAUGUUUUAGAACUGUCCCAUACGUGUAACUGUUCAAAAGUGGUUGUUGAAAUACAAACAUUUUGGGAAAUGAAUUUUGAUGGUAUCAUACCAAAAACAUGAUUGUGAUUAUUGAUAAUUUAUUUAUAACCUGCUGUUUUGAUAGUUGCAUUGACUAAGUGUAAAUCAUUGUCUUUAGUAAUGCUGUUCUUUCUAUGUUGUUAGUGUAAUCCAAAUAUAUUGUAGCUAUUGACAUUGUAUGUUUGUAUCAGACACAAUACACAAUGCACAGAACAUACACAGCCUUUUUUUCCCAUGAUGAUGGACCUAAUCUCAUUAAACACAACACUUCUACUUGAUUACAAUUGAUUUGACCACUCAUUGCAGUAUUCAUACUCAUCUAACGGCAUCUUGUACCACAGUUAAGACCCCAAAUAAAAGUUAGAACAACAAAUCCUUAAGGCAAUGACUGCCUUCCUCUACUUAUGGUUAAUCCGUGUUCAUUUAUUGAGUUUAAUCUCAACUAGUACUGACACAUUCAAUGUAUGUGUAAGAUAAAGAAAGGGGAAGAUUCUCAUCAGUAUUUGGAAAUCCUAGAGCUGUUAUAACGGCAGUUCAGUUGCUCCAGACCUCUCCCAGGAUGUCUGGCUGCUCUGUCUACUUCAACAACCAGCAAUCCUUCCCAUGCAGACAGUCCUGUUAACUGAUGUGAUACAAAGUAAAGUCCCCCUGAUACAACAGAUACACACACCCAGAGAUAAUAUGCUUAACCAUUAUAAAAGGAUCAUCUCAAAUCAAACCACUGUCUAACUGAAUACCCAUUCAAUUUCCUUAGUAUAUGUCAGAUGAAGGGCUCAAAACGUGCGCAGAUGAACUAGAAAAAGGCUCCAAUUUGAUCAAACAAUUUUAGUUACAGGGAACAAAAUCCUGAUGGGUGAGAGCUGAAAUGAGAAAUUGUACUUUGAAAGGUAUGCUGUAAUUACUGGCAGUUGUAUUUUCUUGGUUUGUAGCCUUUUCUUUUUUUGCUGUAGGCAAAAGCACAUGUGAGACUUUUUGUAUUUGACUGGCUUAAUAAAUCUAUUCUAAAUGUC